AUGACAACACAAGUUUUAUGUACAUUAGUCCCGAAAGCGAACGCCUGGUUGCAGUCGAACCCAAACAUUCGCCUCAUCAAGUGCGAGACCAUCGAGAAGAAGGUGUCGUCACUGGAUGACGUCAUGACCGAUCACGUGAUGUUCGUCCCCAAAAAACGAUAUGCCAUUUAUCUGAAAGGCCUUAGACUGAAAAAUUGUGCAGGCGUUCCAGACAGUGCACAUAAAAACGUAUCCCGAUGUGAGUUAUACCGACGAGCCAAGUACCACGCUAAGCCGAAUCUGGGAGUGUUGAGCAAUCGGAAGCCUUACGAGCACAGCACACAAGCUCCAUCGAUCGCAGCUUCAGCAACGCCAAACAGACGAUACAACUCGACUACCACAACCACCUCAACGACAACGACGACUACCGGCAUACUGAAACAGCACUCAACGACAACAGCGUCAACUGCGACAACUUCAGCAGCUCAGCAACAGCAGCCACAGCAUCAUCAUCAGCAUCAACAAUUGCAUCUACCACCAACGGAAAUUGGAUAUAUGAACGUAAUACCCAGAUGUUUAGACUUCACAGGAAAGUACCCCACCUACGAGAACCUUCCAGAAACUUACUCAGCCAUCAAUGCCUACCUUUCAAACAAUCCCCUCGAAGGCAAAAUCAUCACCAUAGAAACGGUGGGACUAAAACUACCGCGCAAACAAUGGUCGACGCAUGACAUUAAACCGGACCAGACAUGCUUUCAGGAUGAAUACAUCCGGCAUACACUGUACAUCACCAGGAUAUAUUUCUGCUACGGACCGCCGGAAGUUGAAUUGAUAGGAGCUCAGGAUUUCCUGCCUGAUUUCGAAAACGCCAUUCAUUGGAGGAGCUUGUACAAAAAUAGACCAAAGUAUUCUGUGAUUGGUUCAGCUCUGAGCAAGGCCAGGGAUUGGAUUCAGAGCGUGAGGAACAUAGCUAUCACUAACGUACAGACCUUAGAAGCAGCGUACAAACAUAGACCAGGAGUGCUAUUGUCCCGUAGUCAUAACAACAUAUUGACACCAAAAAAAAUUGACAGUUAUGACAAUGACGAAGAUAAUGAUAAAGAUGAUGAUGAAGAUGAUGACAAAGAUGAUGACGAAGAUGACGCCUUCUUGUUCAUGAGCAUCGUAGUAAUACAAGAUAAUGAAGUUGACACAACGUAA